UUCGUUGCAAAACGAAACUGUUUGGACUAAUGAUUACAGCCCAGGUCAGUCCAAUGAAUUUCAACGUUCUACGCGAAGAAUCAUAAGAUGGCGACCGCGGAACCGGAGAUCAAUUUAAAUCCCCAACAUGCUGAAGAAGGAACAGAAGCAGAGACUGGUCAGGAGAUAGUGAGCCCCGAGAGCUAUAUCAAACACCCCCUCCAGAACAAAUGGUCUCUCUGGUUCUUCAAAAAUGAUAAGACCAAAACAUGGCAGGCAAAUCUCCGUCUCAUCUCCACAUUUGACACUGUUGAAGAUUUCUGGGCUCUCUAUAAUCAUAUUCAGUUGUCAAGCAAUCUGAUAUCUGGAUGCGACUACUCCCUCUUUAAGGAUGGCAUUGAACCCAUGUGGGAGGAUGAGCGGAACAAGCGUGGAGGGCGCUGGCUGAUCACUCUCAGCAAGCAGCAGAGGAGACAAGACCUGGACCGCUUCUGGCUAGAAACCCUUCUCUGCCUUGUUGGGGAGACUUUUGAUGACUAUAGUGACGAAGUGUGCGGAGCAGUAGUCAAUAUUCGCUCGAAAGGAGACAAAAUCGCCAUCUGGACGGCAGACUUUGACAACAGGGAAGCCAUAACACACAUUGGGAGAGUGUAUAAGGAGCGCUUGGGAAUCCCCAUGAAGAUGACCAUUGGCUACCAGUCCCACUCUGACACUUCCACCAAGAGCGGCUCCACCACCAAAAACAAGUUUGUGGUCUGAAAAUGCACCAGGUGCCUUGUUUAUUUUAAUUUUUUUUGGUCUACAUUUCAUUGUGGGUGCAUUUGUUUACGUAGCUGCAAUGACUGCGUGACAAAAUCUGGGAAAAACUCAUGACUAUAUACCAAAACAACAGAAACAGUCCUGGACCUUAACACAGGAAACACUUGCACAACAAGGACACACUACUUUCUCUGGAACCCCCCCCCACACAAACACACCUGCCAAUAAUAUUAAUCCACGUGUCAUAGCCACACAGGUGAACAUGCAAACCUCAAAACGCAAAUGAAUACCGUUCUAGAAAUGGAAGAUGUUCAGAGUGCUCUUAUAAAGAAAAGUAUUUUGUUGAUUUAUUUAAUGGCAGGGAAUUCAUUUGAAAUGUAAAAAGUCAACAUUUCUCUGUGCCCUUAUACAGCAUUGUAAUUGAUAUUAUCCUUAAUUAUGUUACGCCGUUUUAAUUUAUUAUACCAAUUUGCUUUUUAGCUAUUUUUAGACUUGUUCUGUGCUAUGGCCCUAAACUUCAAGUGCACGUAAUCAAGACUUUCUGAUCAUGUCAUUAAUCAAUUAGUCUGUGUUAACAGGAUUAAAACUUUGGUUUUGCAAUUCAAUAGAA